AUGGAAAAUGAGCAAUUUUGUUUCCCCUUCAGCCCCAGCUACUACGACGGACUCCAUGACGGUAGCUUGGAAACCUCCUACUCUCUCCAAACCGGAGAUCCGUUCUCCCCAAACACCAUGCAAGGCGGAAUCUUUGCCUGUAGUGACAUGGAAAGAUUGUUCCAAACAGAGAGAGAGCUCGUGAAUAUCGAUUCCAUUUAUCAAGACACGAGCGAAACACGACUUGAAGGUGUUGUAGAAACUGAAUUGGGUUGUGAAUUAAAUCAGGAUGAAGAAGAACAAGUGGGUGUUUUGACCGAUGGAAAUUCCCCUUUGAAGAUAAUUCAAGAAGAUCAGUUGAUGGAAGAUAGCAGCUUAACUGAUCUAUUAUUGAUGGGAGCUGAAGCAGUAGAAGACCAAAACUGGCUUCUUGCUUCAACCAUAAUUGCAAAGCUCAACAAUCUCCUACUUGAUCGAGAAAACGGAGACAACUCAUUUCACAAGUUGGCCAUGUUCUUCACUCAAGGUCUCCAUUAUAGGACUACGAAUACGACUGAAAUGCACCAUAAGCUUCUUUCUAGACAGAUAAACACUACGGCUGCCUUUCAAAUGCUCCAAGAACUCUCCCCUUGCGUGAAAUUUGCACAUUUCACAGCCAACCAAGCAAUCCUUGAAGCCUCGCAAGGGGAAGGGGAGGUUCAUGUCAUUGACUUUGACAUCAUGGAGGGGAUGCAAUGGCCACCAUUGAUGGUUGAUCUUGCAAUGAGAAAGGAUGCUUCCUUCAAAGUAACAGCAAUCGUAGUGGACCAGGAAAAUGCAGCUAUUGUUCAUCAGACAGGAAGAAGACUUAAAGAGUUUGCAGAUUUGAUCAAUUUACCAUUCACGUUGGAUCAGAUGGUGAUGGAGAAAGAAGAAGAUUUUGCUAGAAUUAAAGUGGGUCGCACUCUGAUAGCCAACUGUAUGAUGCAUCGACUUCAAAUGCAGACCAGAAGUUUCUCAACAGUCAACACUUUCUUGGCCGGGGUGAGCAGAUUAUCGCCGAAGAUUGUUGUCUUAGUAGAAGAAGAGUUGUAUAAUUUUGCUAGAAUCUCAUCCAUGUCAUUUGUUGAGUUCUUCUGCGAGGCGCUUCGCCAUUAUGCUGCCUUUUCAGACUCACUGGCAAUUAGUAGUUCUUGUGGUGGAUACAAGUCUGAAUUGAGACUAAUAGAAAAAGAGUUUUUGGGGAUUAGAAUUUUAGAUAGUUUAAGGCAGUUCCCUUAUGAGGAGGAGAGAAUGUUGUGGGGAAAUGGCUUUGGCUACCUGAAGGGUUUUAAGCCAAUCCCCAUUAGUUUUUGUAAUAUUUCUCAGGCCAAGUACCUGGUCAGUCUCUUUAGCGGAGGGUACUGGGUAAAACAUGAGAAUUGCAGGCUGGCACUGUGCUGGAAGUCCAGGCCUUUAACAACAGCUUCCAUUUGGGUGCCAAAAUCAAAACCAAGGUGA